UCGCCCUGCACGGAGCCCCAAAACCGCCAGAUAUAUGGCGCCUUUAUGAAGAGUUCACGCCGAGUCCUAGGGUUUUUCCCACCGAUGAUCCAUGGCCGGUUGACCGGUCGGAGCUCCGGCGAUGGCGGAACGACCAACUUCGCCCGGCCUGGACGGCCGCGCGAGAACCCUAACGGAUCUCGACGCCGACGUCCUCGCCCACUGCGCCAAGCUCUUGGGCGUGCGGGACGUCGCCAACCUCGCCAUGACCUGCAAGCCCGUCCGCCGUGUUGCCUACUCCGACUUCAUCUGGAGCCGUCUCUUCACAUCUGCAAAAAGAAGCUACUUAAUAAAUUUAAUCAUUUUGUAUUUAGGGCUCAAUCCUGCCAAGGUUCAGAUUGUGAACCUUCAGAAGGUGUUGUUUGCAGCGUAUGAAACAUUGAAAGGUCAUGGCUCAAGAAUUACCUGUAUGAGAUUGUUUCCCAUCGUUGAUACAUCUUUGUUUCGAGUGAGAUGCAAAAUGAGGAAAAAUGUUAUAGUUACUUCAAGCUCUGAUCGGACCAUUCGUCUUUGGUGGAAGGGUCGUUCACAGCGCUGUUUUAAAGGUCAUAAUGGGCCAGUCACCACCCUUGCUGAUAAAUUGCUUGGAGAAGGGGUCGUAGAAGUACUUGCUAGUGGAGGAGAAGAUUGCACUGUUCGCCUUUGGUCUGUUAGUUGCAGUGGAAAACACAAUCCUCUAACACUGACAUAUUAUGGACAUGAGAAGGCCUUUGUCUUUCUUGAAGUGGUAUGGCACAAAGCUUCUCUUUUAGUCAGCAUCUCUAAAGAUUCAAGGGUCCGAGUUUGGGACACAAGUGCAUCAUCAUCUUCUAGUUCAUCAGCAUGCGUAGGGAUGACCUGUGUUUCUGGUCCUCCUGUUGCUAUGAAAUGCCAUGGUGCUCUUUGCUAUAUUGCUGCUGGUUCACUAGUUACAGCAAUCGACUUAAGAACAAUGAGGAAAGCUUUCACUGCUGCAAUUCAUGCCCCAAAGUUAUACUCUUUUGAGAUGCUGCCUGCUAAAUGGUUACUAUGUACUGGUGGAGAAGACAGGGCUAUGCUGUGGGACAUUCGGAAAAGCCAAGAGUAUCCAGAACCCAUGGCUGAUUUGGAUUCAAACAGCAGUCGUGUUACAUUGCUUCACAUGGAUCCCUACAAAGUAGUCUCUGGAGGGCCAUUUGAUUAUCGAGUUAAUGUUUGGGAAACUAAUACAGGGUUCCUGGCAAAUUCAUUAGACUGUCGUGUACCUGAUGAAACUGAAAACGUUGUUGGCCCAACAGCUAUGGCAGUGGAUGGUUGUCGAAUUGUUACUGGGGGUUGCGCUGAUGAGCCAGGAGCAAUGUACUAUAGGGACUUCUCAAAAUGUUCUAUCCCUGUAUCUUUAGGUGGCUGCAGUUCUGCUUCAAAGUUUUGGGAGCAGGGAGACUCAUCAUGUCUCUAGUGAAGUGUCAAAGCAUGGUAUGGUACUUAAUGUGAAGAAUUUCUUCUCGCUCAGUGCAGAUGCUAGGAUUUAUGUGCGCAUGGGUUCUGGAAAUCUUUCGACACAUUCCUCGGUGGUAAAAUAAUGGUUAUUGAGUUGCAAAAGCUGCAACUAUUUAGACUAGCACUCUUGCUCAGUUUUGCAAAUUAUCUGUGUUCUGAGGAAAUUCAGUCAGACGGGCAAGUUUUGGCAUGAAGAUUAAUGGAAGUGAAAAUGGUUAUCGUUCUAAAUGCGAUGUUGUAUGUUGUCCGAUGAUUAUAGAAUGCUUGGUUUGUGGUCUUUAGUAUCUAUAGAUUAUAUUUAGUGGUUUAGAAUUUUACUAUGGAGUCCCUGUUUUUGAUAGUGUGCAAGCAUCUCUUUUGUGAGAAAAAGUUUGUAGGCAUCUUUUUUUCCUUCCUUCAAUGCAUUAUAGCUUUACCUAGAAUAUACGUGUAUGGAAUACAGAACCAACUGCUGAAUGUUAUCGAGCAUUUAAGAUUUUUCAUGUUGAAAUUAGAGCAA